CCACCAACCAGAAGCAGCCAUGGAUGCGACUUCGUUACACCUCCCGGAAAUCCUCGUCGCCAUAGCGAUCGCCGUAUUCCUCCACCUACGGUGGUUCGGAAAAAGGCAAAGACGACAACCCAGCCACAAAUUCCUCCCGGAGAUCCCCGGCGCCCUGCCCUUGUUGGGCCACCUCCACCUCCUCGGCGGGAAGCAGCCCCUGGCGCGGAAGCUGGCUUCCUUCUCCGACAAAUACGGACCCGUCUUCACCAUCCGCCUCGGAGCCAACAACUUGACGGCGGUGGUCAGCGACUAUGACGCCGUCAAGGAAUGCUUUACCGCCAACGACCGGGCCCUCGCAUUCCGGCCCGAUUCCACCCAGGCCCAAAUCCUCGGCUACAACUACGCCCUCUUCGGAUUCGCCUCCUACGGCGACUACUUCCGCUACAUCAAGAAGAUUCUCAUCUCCGAGGUCCUCUCCGCCAACCGAAUCAAGGCCCUCCGCCGCGUCCAGAUCUCGGAGAUAGAUUCCCUAAUUCACGACCUCUACCAACAGAGCAAGGCCGGCGGCGGCGGGAAGACAGUGAUUUCGGUGAGCGAGGGGAUCCACAGCUGCGUCAUCAACAUAAUGACUCGGAUUAUCGCCGGGAAGAGGUACUUCGACAAGUCCAAUUACGAGGAGCAACAUUCUGUCUCCAAUUUUAGUGGCGGGCGGCCAAUCAGUGAAAUGAUUAGGGAAUUUAUGCUGGUCAUGGGUACUCCGGUUCCUUCCGAUUUGAUUCCGAUUCUCCGGUGGGUCUUGCCCCGGGGAGCCGAGAAGGCGAUGAAACGGCUGUUCAAGGAGCUGGAUGUUGUCAUGCAGAGCUGGAUCGACGAGCACAAGGAGAAACAGGUUGUCAACGACGGCGACGAAAGUAAUCGCGAUCUCAUCGACGUUAUGCUCUCCGAAAUUAAAGAUGAAGUUGCCUUUGGUCACAAGCGCGAGACCAUCGUCAAGGCCAUUGCUCAUCAGGCUUUAAUCUUUGGGGGCUCUGAUACGACUGCGAUUACGCUGACGUGGAGCCUAUCGAACUUGUUGAACUACAAGCGAGCGUUGCAUUUAGCUCAGGAAGAGCUCGACAACACAGUAGGGAGAGAUCGAUGGGUGGACGAUUCCGACAUUGACAACUUGCCAUACUUAAAAGCUGUGAUCAAAGAGACAUUGCGAAUGUAUCCGCCGGGUGCACUUUCAUUGCCUCGGAUAGCAUCAGAGGACAUCACGAUCAAAGGGUAUCACGUGCCGAAGGGCACUCAGUUCUUUGCGAACUUCUGGAAGCUGCACAGGGAUCCAAACGUCUGGUCCGACCCGAACGAGUACAAGCCGGAAAGAUUCCUGACGAGCAAUGCCGAUAUCGAAAUAUUCGGACAUCAGUUCGAGUAUCUCCCAUUUGGGUCGGGCCGACGAGGAUGCCCGGGGAUCAAUUUCGGGAUGCAGGCUACACAGCUGACCUUGGCGAGACUAUUGCAAGGGUUCCAUUGGAGUACCCCUGGAGAUAAGCCUGUGGAUAUGACUGAAGACUUGGGAAUCAUCCUUUCUAAGACCAAUCCAUUGCAGGUCGUCCUUACCCCACGACUUCCAGCUCAGUUUUAUAAUGCUUAACAGAAAGCUUGUCAUCCAAAAUAUAGCCAACGAGAGUAAUGCAGAUGGUUCUCCUGUUAUGAGAGAGCAUCAACUUCCUUGUUGUAACUGCUGUUCUUUACUCUGGAGACAAUUGGAUAUGCGGAAUCUUUUUGUAUACCCUUAGAACGAAACUUGCACUCCUCGAAAG